CACAGGAAGGGGUUAAUGCUGGAGAUAAAUUUAUUAGUGCACAAUCAUUCCUUAGAUAAAUCACAAGAAAUGUAUACAAGAUUAUAAAGUAGCGGUACACUACCAGAAAUAUGCAUGAGGUCUAAAGGAUUUAAUUUUGAGGUGCUCACGCUUGUCGUGCUGUCUGUAAUACCUUGGCCAGGACCGACAGUCUUCAAGAUAUCCUGCCCUCGAGACAGCGCAACUAUCGUUCGCAAAAUAGUACAAAAGAAAUGGAUUCCAGUGCUGGAGAAGUACCAAGUCCAGAUCCCUCUGGAAUGUCCCUUUCAUCCGCUGAGAGACAUCUUCAGACCUCAGCAAGCCGCCAAGAUACAGAACCGUCCUUCACAAUGGACCUGCGGCCUCUGUGGAAAGUCAUUUUAUGACGAGAGGUUCCUAGAUAUGCACUUUGACAACAGGCACAAAAACAACAUUAAUAUGGCUGAAGAUGCCGUUUGUCUCGCCGACUACUGUGACAUAAUGCGCUGUGAGGUUUUGCGCACCCAAGACCUCGGGCCGGAUGUGACUCAAGGCAACACAGACAUCGAGAUAUGGCGGGAAGCUACGGCAUACCACACGGCACUUAGCCCUGUGGGACCUCGGGCGCUAGCUCGGGUGGGGGUAGGAGUGUUCACCUCUCCCCACCCUCCUACCCCUCCACCACCUACCACACCCACACCCGCACACUGUCCUCGGUCAGAGGCACCAUCGGACUCGGAUAACCACACUGGAGGUAUGUGUCCAGACAACCUAGUAGACUCGUCAGUGCCCCCAAAACACCAGCGGGUUAGCGAGUUGCAGAAACUCAAAGCUAAUUGUAAACCUGAGGAACUCCAGAAGGUGAAAUUACGUUGUGAGGUUUUAGUAAGAGACUGCAUUGCAGGUCUUCUAGUCAACUUAUCUAUUCAAGACUUCAAGGAUGUUGAAGAGGAACUCAACCAAGCUGUCUGCUGGUACCUCACAUGUGAUCGCUAUUGGCAGGACUCCACGUCUGACCUCCGUCACUUCCCGUGGGGUUUGGUCACGGUGUUCACCAUGGUCUUGUCCCUGGGCAUCUGCCUCUGUUACUACAUCAUAUGGGUGCUCUUCGACUCGGAUGACAUGAGCGUUGCUAGUACGAGCGUAACAGCAAGUUCCAGUCCGGCACAUCACUCACACUACAGUGAGGAGUAUUACACCUCGGACGAUCUACACGCCAGUGAACAUUACAUCUACGUCACCUACCCUCCUGACCUCAAGAGGCGACUGCUAGAGAGCUGUUACAACCGAACCACGAGAUUGUGAAUGGAAAUCUCUUUCGAUUAAAAAAAGCUACCAACAAUCAUCCAACCAAGAGGAGGAGACAUUUGUAUGACAAUUUAAGAAGAAUUUGUCAUCUUUUUAUAUUCCCACACAUUUUCAGAACAAAGGCCUUCAAAAAGUCAUUCCCUACAAUCAGUUAAUAUUAAAAGAAUACAUAUAACGAUGGACUUGACGACGAAUUCUAGUGAUAUCUGUAGAUUUUAUAGUCUAAAAACCUGAGAAUUUUUAUGGGAUACAAGACCUACCUGAAAAGGAAAUAAUACAUAAUGGCACAAUAAAUACAAAACUCCAUAGCCUAUUCCAAAUUUAGACUAUUCCACUACUGGCCAGGAAGUUCACUGGAUAUCUAUCCUGAGAAGACAUUAGUUUCAAUUCCAACUCAAACUUUACUUGGUUGAAAAUACCAUAAGUAAAAGUGAAAUAUUCUAAUUUGUUAGCCUAGCCUAUGUAUAGUAAGUAACUUCUUGAUCAACAUUUGACCUGUUAUUAAAUUUACAAAAGGCAAAAAUAAAAAUACGAAAUAAAAAUACGCAAAGAACACUCUUAAAACAUAAAUCUACACCUUAACUGUUAACUCACAGGUAAAUAUAAAAGAUGGUAAGUGUAGAUCUAUUUUGAUUGGCCACUUCAAUCAUUAUUAGACCCAAUAGGUGAAUGACAAGAACCUAAGCCAAUAGGAUAUAAGUAGGUACACCAUCAAGGUUCUUACCAUUCGCCUAUUGGGUCUCAUGAUAAUUAAUUGAUAAUAAUUGAUGAUAAUUAAUCUAAUCUAAAAUUGAUCACCACUUACCAUCUUAUGUAUUUACCGUUUUUUUUAGUAACAGUAGAAAUGUAGAUGUAUGCUUCAAGAGUGUUAAUAGGCGUAUCUUGAUUUACUUUCUCUUAUGUAUAGUUUAAAGUUUUUGAAUUUCUUGUGCCAUAAUGUACUCUUUUCCAAUCAGGUAAGCCAAGCCUGCUUUUACAACAAAAUUGUUGGAACCUAGGCUCUUCCCUUGUGCCCUCUUUUGGUCUUGAAUUCUUCACUCUUCUCUAAGGACCAAAAUUAGUCUGUUUUUUUAGCUUUGUUUGAAUAGUAAUCUGUUAUCUAAAUGUACAGAUGUGCAAUAAGAAAACAUUUUCGAAUAACCUUUUUACUCUAUACCAAUAAGAAUAUUUCUACAUAGUUAGAAUUGUCUUAUCUAACCAAUAUUCACAAGCCAAUGAAUUAGUUUGACAGACUAUAAAAAAACACACAAAAAUUGCCAAAUAACUAUUAUAAGUUCACUAAUUUUUUGCAUUAGAGUGCCUUUGGGUUUUUUAGCAGAAGGUGUACCUAUUUGUGUGAUGAUACUACUAUUGAAAUGUCACUAUUUAAGAAAAAAUUAUUUAAGAAAAUUGAGUAAAAGAUUGGUGUGAGCAUUAGUUAUGGUAGAACUUGCAAUAGGCAAAAUAUUUGUGAAAACGAGUAAGAGAUAGACAUUUGACAUUUUGUUAAUCGGUAGUGUUUGAAAUUUUCUUCGAGAUAAGACCUUUUUUAAUGAAAAUUAGAAAACUAGAAUUGGCACAAAAUAUACUAAAUUAAAAUAAAAACUGCAUAAAUAAUAAAAUACUCUUUGGUCAGUAUUAUGCUAGUCAUUUGUGGAGGUAGAUUGUUAUUAAUUUCUAAGCUUUAACU